GUGUAGGCUGGGACAAGGUCAGUCCACAAGAGGCCUUUGGACUAAACGUCCUUAUAGGUAUACUAGUAGCUCUCCAGUUUGCGAGGCGCUAUAGCUUCCACUUAUCUACGCUGAAUAAAUACCCCAGAGUGCUAGCCAGGAGACGGGCAGGGCGGGGCGGGACGGCAAGGCGGCCGAGUCGAUCGCCAUGAUCAGCGCAGCGUGGGCGCCGCGAGCCGACCGAAGGCCGACCGCGGACCAGGCGUCCAUGGAGCUGUACCUGACCCAGCAGCACUGCUCCCGCACUGUCAUGAGCCAGUUCCUCGACGCGAGACGUGACUGGACGUGGUGCAUGGAGGGCGACGAGCUCUGCGGCGUCUGCCCCCAGCACCACACGGACGAGCGGCCGGUCGAUGUCGAGCUUCGUCUGCCGGCACCGCCCCUACUGUACCAAUACCCUUCUGGAUCAGGUCCGCAACCUGGAUCAGGUCCGCGAAAUGCUUGGUCAGGGUCCGUGCGCACUGGACCAAUGAUGAAAUGGCCUGUGCGUCAAGUCCCUACGCUGUAAUUUCCCCCUGACCGUGAUGCGAUGCGUGAAUGAACACCAACUCAACAUGGAUCCUCAUUGUCCGUUACGUUUUCCAGAAAAGCCCGUGCAGCAUGGAAGAGACACUGUUACAAAACCUCCAGCUUUCCAUCGAUGAAGAUGAAGGGAUCAUUCUCUGCUGUCGACCCGGGUGCCUCUUUGGCCUUUCCGACAAGGCUUCCCAAGUAAACGACCAUCUUCGGGACAAGCUUGUCAUAAAGUGCUGAAAAGUCAACGACAGAGACUGACCCGAUUCUUGCGGAACCGCAAACCUCCCUUUAGGAGUAUAGCCAUGAUCGCUCUUCCGCACCCUUGGUUCCCCGCCGCAGCCGUGACGACCUCUUGCGUGAUCUUGAACUCGUCUCCCCGCUGCUCUAGGAGUAUAGCAAUGAUCGCUCUUCCGCACCCUUGGUUCCCCGCCGCAGCCGUGACGACCUCUUGCGUG